AUGGUCACCGAUUAUACAACGGAUGGAUUCAUUGCCACGUACCGACGGUUCGUAGCAAGAAGAGGCAUUCCAAACACGAUCUUCUCCGAUUGUGGGACGAAUUUCAUCGGAGCAGAUUCAGCACUGAAAUCAAUGUACGUCGAGGGCACCCAAGACAAUCGACGAUUGGCCAAGCUGUUCGUCAACGAUCAAACAACUUCGAAUUUCAACCCUCCUGCAGCGCCGCACAUGGGAGGAAAGUGGGAGGCGGAGGUCAAAUCCGUCAAGUACCAUCUACGACGAACGGUGAGUGACACUUUGCUUACCUAUGAAAAAUAUACUACUCUUCUAAAUCAGAUUGAAGCAACGCUCAAUUCACGACCACUGGAGCCUCUCACGGACGACCCCGACGAUCUCUCAGUGCUGACACCAGCACACUUCCUCAUUGGAAGACCAAUCUCGACACUGCCUGAACCAUCUGUCAAACAAGCUCAACUCUCACCGAGAGCCAGGUGGCAUCUCAUCCAGCAGAAGCUACAACAAUUCAGAAAGCGUUGGUCAUCUCAACAUCACCAACGGAUGCAAUCGAUCUCGAAGUGGCAUCACCCCUCCAACAACAUCAACGUUGGAUCUCUGGUGCUGCUGACCGACGAACGCUUCCCACCAUGCAAGUGGCCUCUUGCUCGAGUGCUCGCAGUUCACCCUGGACCAGAUGGACUGACGAGGGUUGUCACGAUCAAGACAGCCACCACAACUCUAACUCGGCCAAUUGCGAAAUUGGCUUUACUUCCGGUCGCAGAUACGAACUCAUCACCAUCUUCUAUGACCUGCUGA